AUGUAUACUUAUCCUAGAGGCUUGUUUGAUUAUGAUACGUCCACUAUAACAUUGUGUAGUUUUCGGUAUAAAAACACUAUGAUUGUACCAAAACAUGGCUUUCUCAACUUUUUACCCGUUAAACUUGUCUUUGAUGUAAACACACCUCGUCCGCACUUUAUCAUUGUUCAACAAGAUAAACGUCGUGCAAGACAUGCAACGAGCGAAGAAAUAGAUGCUACAUUCGAGUUGGUUACAUAUUUUUUGAUUAAAAAUCAUGCAUACGAUCGUCAAUCGAUAUUAAGUUUUCAUCGCGGGAAAUGGUAUCAACAAAGCAAUAAAAAAUGGCAUGCUCAUUUAUGCGUACCGUUUCAGCCGUAUGCUGAUGAAGCCAGUUUGAAAAUUACAAAAAAACGUUCGAAUAACGAGUGGUGUAAUGGCACUACGUAUGUAAUGGCAAUGUUAAAUCGGCACCUUAAACAGCAACAUUUGUAUGCUUUGUAUAAGAAUAAAUGCGUGGAAUAUGGAAAACAAGGAAUACUAUCAGACGAUUCAGUCAGUGAUGUUCAAUUACAAUUAUUUGAAUCCGAUGAUUUUGGGUUAGUAUGGAUGUGUCCAGAGCCUCGAAUUGGUGUGUUUGUAAAACAAAAUCCAAAUAAUCCAUCCCUUACUCUACGAAUGUUAUACAAUUUUUUAUCAAAAACAGUUGAACAAGUUGAGCAACGAUUAUCAGCAAUUAAUAAACAGUAUCAAAAUUUUGGUAGUCAUUUAUGUUUAUUUGUUAAUGGACAAGAAUAUACGUGGAAUUUAACGUAUCAAAUAUACCAUUGUUUGACAGAGAUGGGACAUCUAUCACCUAUUUCAAUUGUGGGUUAUAUUCAAAUGGAUGAGCAACAAUAUUUUCGAUGGUUGCCUUAUGAGUUUAAACCAGUGUGGUUAACACAUUUUGAACACUUUGAACAUAUUGUUCUGACAUAA